GUGUGUUGCUAUGGGGGGAGGAGGAAGAGGAGGAGGAUGAGGAAGCGGAAGAGGAGAAGGAAGAGGAAGAGGAGGAGGAGGAGGAGGAGGAGGAGGAGGAGGAGGAGGAGGAGGAGGAGGAGGAGGAGGAGGAGGAGGAGGAGGAGGAGGAGGAGGAGGAGGAGGAGGAGGAGGAGGAGGAGGAGGAGGAGGAGGAGGAGGAGGAGGAGGAGGAGGGGGGGGGGGGGGAGAGCGGCAGCAGGUGGCCCUUGCGGUCCAGGGGCAGCUACUACCAUCAAUGAACAACACAGCCCAGCGCAGCACAGCCC